AUGUUAUCAUCGGAUGAUGAUGAUGUUCAAUGGGAAGAUUUUGGAAAAAAGAUUCUUCAAGAUAAUGUCAAAAUCGAAGAUAUGGAUCAUUUUCAGAAGCCUUGUCAUCAAACAAAAUGGAACGUUAUUAACGAGGAUUCAAAUACUUUAAUACUUACGGUUGAAUUGGGAUCGAAGGAAUCUAUUUGUUCAUUAAGCAGUGCGGAUUUAAGAGUAGCAUAUCCACAUAUAUGUCAAUAUGUACUCGAUCGUUGUCUGAAUAAUAUCAAAUGUGGUAAACAUGGACAUUGUGUCAAUAAUCAAACAGAUUUUAAUUGUUCAUGUUCAUUUUUAUAUGAUGGUUUAUUUUGCGAAAAAUGCAUCGUAGAGCCUAUUAAACUACUUCGCAUAACUGAUCGAUAUUCAACAACUUGGAUUAUUGUUAUUCAAAUGCUUGAAAUAUUAGGAGUUCUAGAAGAAACAAUCAUCGAUAUUGAUGAGUCAGCACAGUAUGGUGUAUUUGCCCAAAUUCUCAAACGUGUAUUCUUUGUUAUUCUUAUUGCACUUCGAUACUAUCCAACACUUGCUUCAUUACAAUUUCAAAAUUUCUUCACAACAACUGGCGAGAGCAAUGAUUCUGGAAAUGCUAAUUUAAAUCAACAAGGAUGUUGGAAUAGGUUUCGAGAAUAUGCUAGUUCAAUCUAUGAAUGGGACAAACAUUUUCGAUUUACAACAGUAGCUAUUUCUACAUAUAUAGUAGCAUUUAUUUUUCUUUUCCAUUUAACUGGUACUGUUAUUCUUCUAUAUAAAACACCAACAAAUAGUUUGAUUCGUUGUACAAAACAUCUAUUUGAGGUUAUAUUAAAUAUUGAAGUCAAAGAAUGGUCAUUUCAAGGUGAAGUUAUAAUAAGUGCGAUAAUUACUAUGAUAAUCUAUGGUAUUCAAUUAUUCUUAACAAUAAAAAAUUAUAGAAAAUGUAUGGGAGAUUUAUAUAAUAAGUAUUUGGAAGAGCCUGAGUUGUGUAAAAAGCUCAAAAAACGUGAAAUUAUUCGAAAAAGUACUCAAUAUCCAAGUUAUCUUCUUUUAUAUUUACUAGGAGGAGCAAUUGGAUAUAUUAUACCAAUUUUAGUUUUAUAUGGUUUACAAAAAAUGAUUAUUCAAUGGAUUCAUAAAAUAUUUGAUUAUUUCGAUAAGCGAGAAGAAAGUGACUUGAAUUUGAAGCUUAAUAUAUUUGAUUCAAUUUUAUUGUAUUUAAAACUUAUUUCUGGUUGUUUUAUUGGUAUUAUUGCAUCUAUUAUUCGUUUGAGUUUCAGUGUUCUCGUAAAUAUUAUAUUUAUGCCUCGAUUUGAUUAUUGUUAUCUUGUAGAACCAUUGGAAACUCUAGAUUCGGCACAUGAAUCGUUUAGAGCAUUUCUACGUUUGGAAAUACUUUGUACAUAUCCUCUUAUAAAUGAUUUUUCGCCUUCUGUUCGACUGGCUCCUCAUGGAGGUACAUUGGUUAAUCGGGAAACGCCUGCCGUAACACAACAGGAUGAAUCUCGAGAUGCUGAAAAUAAUGGAAAUUCCAAUGAUCGCACUACGCCUACUGAGCAACCAUCAUUGCUGUCACAAGAUAGAUCAUUACAUCGUGUUUAUGAAGCAGUAUCUACCCAUAUGACAUCGACCGAUGAUAAAGAGCUUGCCAUUGCUUUAGUUGAACAUGAACAAUAA